CAUGGCUGCCUCCAGGAUGAUCUCAACUCAGCGACUUUGUGGUCGAUAUAAGUGCUUUUUCUACGUUGCUCUUGCCAUAAUUAGCGUUCAGUUAUUUGUAGGAUACAACUUUUAUAACAUUAAUUCAUCGGACGGGCAUAGGUUUGACCAACAUCACAUGCUUCCCGAAGAAAACUCGUUGAAAAAGGUACGAUCCAAGAAGCAUGUCAGUGAUGUUGGUCAUUUCGAUAGGAUUAAAAUUGCAACCUAUGGCUAUGAGAACUUACCCAAACUACAAGUGAAGUCCAUACCAAACAGUUCUCUUCUUAAGAACACUGUUGUAAAUCAUGUGCCGCCGACACCAGAAGUGACAGAAUAUUUGCCAAGGUGUAACAUUCGGUCGAAAGAUGCUAUAUCUGCGAUGACUCGAGCAAAGACUCUAAAAUGCAAACAGCAGAUUGCUGAUGUAGCUUGCGAUGAUCAGGCUGGGAUAUUAUAUGCUAAGACGUUACCAAAUUAUUGCCCAAGGAGAGGUCUUGAGACUGGCAAAUACCUUGGCUGUUUCAAAGAUCAUCAUACUAAACGUGACCUUACAGGCUACCAUACUAUGUUUGCUGACGACAACACUCCAGAGCGAUGUAUAAACUUCUGUUUUCUAUCAGGUUUAAAGUAUGCUGGGGUCCAGUAUGGCAAGGAGUGCUGGUGUGGAAACACAUUUGGUAAAGUCGGCAAGGUCAUGGACACAGCGUGUGACAGCAAGUGUCCUGGUGAUGAGAAGUCAUUCUGUGGAGGAUACCUUGCUCAGAAUAUCUAUGCGACUGGAGUGCAUGCUAAAGUUCACAAUCCGGCCGGCCUAGUUGCGCCAUCUAUGAUAGAAGAGCACAACCGUCUGAGAAUCGCAUACAUCUUGUCUGUGAAUGGCCGAGCGGUACGCCAGAUCCAUCGGCUUUUCAAAGCAAUAUACCAUGUCAAUCAUUACUUCUAUAUACAUGUAGACUCGCGUCAAGACUACCUUCAUACAGAAUUAUCAAAACUAGCCAAGAAAUAUCACAAUGUUCGUCUAGUCAAGACUAGGAUGUCGACGAUCUGGGGCGGGGCUAGUCUGCUGCAGAUGUUGUUGAUGUGUAUGAAAGAUCUGCUGGAGAUGGAAGACUGGUCGUGGGACUUCGUCGUCAAUCUCAGCGAGUCAGAUUUUCCUGUCAAACACAACGAUAAGCUGGCAGUAUUCCUCACAGCAAAUAGACACAGGAAUUUUGUCAAGUCAUUUGGGACUAAAACUCCUCAGUUCAUGAGGAAGCAAGGUCUAGGCAAGACAUUCAUUGAAUGUGACACACACAUGUGGCGUCUCAGUGAUCGGACGUUACCCGGAGGAAUCCUAUUGGACGGUGGCAGUGACUGGAUCGCACUCAAUAGAAAGUUUAUCCAGUACAUCUUAAGUGAUGGAAACCCGCUGAUCCUCGGCCUGAAGCAAGUUUUCAAGUAUACACUGCUGCCUGCUGAGGCAUUCUUUCAUACCCUCCUUCACAAUAGUGAAUUCUGUGAUACUGUCGUCGAUAACAACUUGCACCUGACCAACUGGAGGCGGAAACAGGGCUGCAAGUGUCAGUACAAACAUGUGGUGGAUUGGUGCGGAUGCUCACCAAACGAUUUCAAGUCGGAGGAUUUCUCAAGGUUCCUUAGUUUAGAACAAAAGCCUAUCUUCUUCGCCAGGAAGUUUGAAGCCAUCAUCAACCAGGAUAUCAUCAAUAACAUUGACACUGUUUUGUAUGGACCUUAUCCAAAAGGAACUGCUGGCUUGGAUUCCUAUUGGCAGAACGACUGGCACCACCGUGAGAAGAACGCCCUCUCUAAAGACAUACCAUACACUUUCUAUAGCGUCUUCUCCCGUAUCAUCAGCUCCGAGCUACAGCAAUCAUUCCCGAGUCGAGGGUGCUAUUUCAAGCCAUUACUGCCCCUGGAGGCUACUUUAUACAGCAAAGACAAUAAUCUUGUUGGCUUAUUGGUGCUAUUUGAAGCGAGACAUUCAGUCGAUGGGAGGAAGUAUCGAUUGGAGGGCCUGGUGCAACCGCAGAGUGUAUAUAACAUACUGAACUCCCUGGGACCAACCAGUCGACUCAAAAAUGUGGAGGUCAGCACUGACUUUGAUCCAAAAGAAGAGGUGUUCCGGAACUAUGUACGGUUACUCGGUCCGUACCAUAACGUCUCGGUGCUUCACUCCUGGGGGAAGGGAGAAAAGUUCACUGCAACGUUUGCUUGGAUUGAUCCUGCUGGGAAGUAUGCUGGGAUUUAUGAGAUACCCAUCUCGGAAGACGAGCACAUCGCUAGCCACAAACCAGGCUUUCGAAUGCCACUUCAACCUGGUAUUUGGACCGUAAAACUUUUACACAAAUGGCAGAUAAAGGCAGAGACAAAAUUUCUAGUUGCUCCGUUAGCAUAUCGUAAUGGGGUGUUAAUAGACAAAACAGAAGUUCUGAAAUAUAACUCGGGGCCGUCACAGAGUUAUACUGAUCAUAGUUUCAAGAAUCUAAGACGUUAUCUCCAUAUUGAGGAUCCAGAAUCUCUCAGGAUAUAUGCAGAGGAGCGGAGCAAACUUUACGGCGAUGAACUUCUGACAUGGAUUGAGACUCUGACAAAACCAUUUUGGAGGGUUAGUGAUAUAUGCUAUGCAAAAGAUAAGCAGAGUCCGCCAUGUCCACGACUUCAGGUCUGUCAGUCAACGACAUGGAGUUCACUUUCACCUGAUCCCAAAUCAGAACUUGGCCCGAUACAUCCACACACUGGCAGAAUCAGAUAGCAGACACCUUACCUCAGCCAAUUACAUUUAUUUUUAUAUGAUUACAGAUUAAAAGGAUGUCUCGCUGCAAUAUUCAUUUCAAUGGUCUACCUUCAGGUUUGUUUUUAAAGAACGUUGACUGUCUUAGAAUAUGAUUUUUUUCAACCCAACCUUUAAAUUUGAAUUUCAAUGUAAAGCUAGAAUAGAACUUAAAAGCCAUCCUCACGAUGGCUAUGGGAUCCUGCACGUGUUUGAGGAAACAUUUAAAGCUAUUACUUGUUUGCUGAAUCAUAUAUGGUGCCAGACAAUAACUUAGUCUAUCUCCUGGUCAUUCAGUAAAUAUUGUAGCAAGAUAACAAAGUGUCCACCAGUCAUAGAUGAAAUCCCAACCAAAAAGAUUUUGUGUAAUAUAUUUUUGGUAAAAUAGAUAUAUAUAUAUUUGUACAAAUACUUUUUAGUAUUAAACCGAUAUGGACACUACUUAUUUGCUACUGUCAAUGUUUUUGUUGCAUUAUGGAUCAUGUAGACUUUUGUACUACAUGUAAGUGCAGAGAAAAAGCACGGUGUCUUUUUCACUUAUGAUGUAGAUACACGUGUAUUUGAUCUGACUGUUAUCAUGAAAUUAAGUCCAUGUAAGAAUAUCCAUGACAAGCUGAAGGUAUAAACAACAGAAUAUAUUAUGUCCUGGAUGAGAUAAAUGGAGUUUGCUGUCUCAUGUUUUAUUACAUACAUGUAGACCAUGUAGACUGCACUCCUUUUGACUUGGUCAUUUGUGGUUAAAACUACGUACUUAUGUUUGUUACUGAAGCUCUUCAGCUUAUCACUUAUGUACAAUCAGUUCUUAAAUGAUAUGCUUCUGUCAAUCAUGUGAGGAAUUAUUUGCUCAGAGUUGUUAUUUUCAAGGUUCAAAAUUUUACUUGAGAAGACACUAUAAACUUGAAGACAUUAUCUUUGAAUCAAAACUACAUGACAUGGUUGAGAUUGAUGUGGUAUAAAUGAAUGUUUUUAUUUGCCUGUUCACUUGAGCAGGGAAUCACCAUUGCGAUUUUCUUACAAUGGGAUUACGAUAGGAUGUGGGCAGUGCUAUCUGUGCUUGUCGUCCAGGAGCUGACCUUGUACAAACAGAAUCUGCAGUAGGUCCUGUUAACGAAAUAUAGACCUGCAGUUUUUACAGUGGCAACUACAUCAUAUCCCUAUUACAAGUCUGUCCAAGUCCAUCAAAAGCCAAAAUUGCAAUGGUGGCUUCCCUACUUGAGUUCUAGUCUAAACUGAAAGUCUUAUAAUCUUGUUACAUACUCAUUACUUGUUUUAACAUGCAUAUAUUGGUUAUUUUCUAAAAGCUAUGCAAAUCAAUUGGUUUAAUCCUUGAAACAAAUAUACUGGUAGAUCUUUUUGUUUGGCUCAGUACAUGUAUGUUUGGGUUGUAUUGUUUUGUAGUCUGUUUAUACAUGUAUGACAUGUAUGUAGUUUGACAUGUAGCUGUUUAGUCAGAAUUAAUGUAGUUGUGAGAUAACGCACUGCCCCUUAGCUUUGAGUUAUGAGGCCAAAAGUACUAGAAAUGUACUGGAUCAUGUUUGCCGAAAUUGUCAGCUAAAUAAGUAGAUUGAUUAUCAACAUCUUGGAAUUGCCCUCUGUUAUAUUGGUGCUGCUUCUUCUAAAUGUAUAAAUUGUUUUUCAAGAGGGCUUCCUUGAUAGAUGUUUUUCUGUGAGCAUUAGAAAUAGAUUGUAAGUAUAGGAAAGGGGAAGCACCACACAUGUAUCUUAUGCUUCCACUGUCAGUCUUGCAGAAGGUUUGGCAUUUGCAGUGACUUUCUGUCUUACCCAGAGGCCAGUGACUUUUUCACUGACAUGCGUCAUGCAAUGCAUGAACCAGUAAGCUUGCUUGUCAUGUUAACCUAAAAACAUUUAUGAAACAGGUGCGUGUGCAAUACCAGGAGGCUAUAUGUACCUGUAUGAUGUUGAUUGAGAUCUGGAACUAUAAUAAUGUCUCUAAGAUCUGAAAAAGGAUUCUUUAUCCAUCCUAUUGCCAUAGAUCUGUCAUGAAUUACAUUUUUUGCUAUUUCGGAGAUUUAUGAAUUCCUGCGAUAUUUAUUGUAAAUUUCUAAGAUACAUGAACAUACAUGUAUAUUUUUGGUUUCAUUUGAAUUUCAGUAGUAAUUUGUGAGAUUAUUUCAAGUCUUAUUCUGUCAAUCAUAAGUUUGCCUCAAUAAGAGGACUGAUUGAAUGCCCUGUUAUGUAAUUCUACCUUUUAAUGUACAUGUAAAUACACCAAAGAAAUCUUUGGG